UGGCUGCCAAACUCGGCUCGUUCGCUCUCUCUUUUCCUCAUCUCUGGCAAGUCGUGGAGGGAUAAAUAGGCAAAAGUUUGGAGAAAGGAGGGUGCAUUAAAAAAGGUGCGUCUUGUAAAAAAAACGGGUUCACUUUCUCCCAAUUAAUUUAAUUAAGGGUGUUUAAUUCCCCCCAGGGGAAUUAAAUAAUUUAGAUUUACCCCGUUCACAAACUGGUUGCGUACCCUCGCGUGUGUGUGUGUUUGAGCCUUGCACAAAUUCAAAAGUGGCAUUUACAGCUCCGGCAGGCAGUCGCCCCACUUUCUCCCCACUUUCUCUCAGCUCAAGUUGCACUCCAGUUCUUCCAGUAACAAAAUACUUACUUCAAUUCCAUUUAUUUCCUUGCUUAAGAUAAGUCUCUCUCUCUCUCUCUCUCUCUCUCUUUCCGCAUUUAUUUAUUUAUCCUUACAGACAGACACGUUUUCUUAUUAAAUUUCUGAACAAUAAUAAUUCUUAAAUAUUUACAUAAAUUCUAAAUUCUCCUGUCCAUAUUCCUUAAAAAAGAAAGUGGUAACAGACGAUUUUCUUCAAGGUAUUGUUAACUCACUAAUAACUAACCAAGUUUCAACUCAUAUGCUUCCAUACUCGGUGCUAUUUAAUUAAUAAAUAAAGAAAUAAUUGUAUUAAAUACAGCAGCUCAAUUAAUUAAUUACGUUUAAAUUUACCCGUGUUACGAAAUAACUGGUGAGAGGAACAGAGUGAAAUUGAUCAAUAAAUAAACAGGUUGUGACGACGAAUUUUGUACGUAUUUAGCUUCGAAUUCUAAUAAUGGAGGACUUCAGAACUCGCAAGUGAAAGGUGCUCAAUAAUAAUGCCAUCAAAUAAUAAGUAACUAAUUAAUUCUUGGUACAAAUAAUACAGUAUUUAAUAAUACGGAUUUGUGUAAUGUUGAACAUCGGUUUGGGACAUGAAGAAACGUGUCAUAUUUAAUAAGAAGAAGGUUUGACGAGCAGCAUAAUAAAAUGGCUUGUCCUCUGCAAAAUUAACAAUGGAACUAUUAUAAUCCAGAAUAGACAAGAAGACUGACCGUGCAGAUGAAAAAAACUUUAAAAGAUUAACUAGUUAAUUAUUAAUUAAUUAAUUCACACAGUCAAUGCAAUGCAACAAUGUGCUUCCGUUAAACUGCUACAUAAUUAAGUAAUAAUUACCAAUUAGUUAAAAAACAAAAACAAGCAUUCACACUCCUUAUCCUACAACACAUCGAAAUUUUUACCAAAUUCUCAAUUCUUUCAAAAACAAAAUUCUUUUUCCUAAACACGACUUUCUCCUCAGCAAUAAUAUUUCUCGAUACUUUCACCUGCAUCACUUUUACUUUUCGACAACAACGGAAUCCAUCCAUCCAUCAAAAAUGUGUGUAGGCGUCGUCAAACAAAUGUGGUGACAAAUAAAGAAAAAAGCAAAAAAAGUUGACAAUUUUUUAAAGUGCUCGCACAAAAAAAAACUUAUCGUCUAAAUUCUGCCUCAAAAACUUGGAAACUUUCUCCCUCAAAAAAUGGCAAAUAAUACGAAGAUAACCGACGACAAUGAUAACUUACUACCGGAAUAAAGCACACCUGCCGACGCCACGUUAACGUAACCCACGCAAAAAAAAUUGUCAAACUUGCCCCGGUCGCGAAUCCCUAAGUAACUUUUUUAACACGCAAACUUUCCCCCGGUAAUAAAUCCGUAAUGAAAUCAUAACUCAUCUGAGCAGCCACCUGGGAAUGGAAUGCGGUUGGUUCGAAGAAAAGUCGCUCCUCGGUGAAAGAAAUGAAAAGAAAUGAUGUGCAUUUUUAAUGAAAACGAUACGUAUAACUCGGAGAGGAGCAGGCAGUGAGUGAGUGAGUGAGAGAUGAACUUUAUUGCCAUAGGAGGACGUCGAGGUCAGUGUAAAGUGUGACAGAGAAAGAAGGACGUCACGUGAAGAAAAAUGGGGUGUUGUUGCUUUAACACGUUGAGGGGGGCGGCUUUCUUCGUCGCGAGUGUGCAAAUCUACAACGGUUUGGAGUGCAUGCUAAAGUUUAUCGCGUUUCCGAUGCUCUUUUCAUCCAUGCACGCCUCCAAAGAUCCCGCGGAGGCAACGUCGUUCAUCUCUUUCAUGCCGGGAAUGGUCUACUCCAUCCUCUACUUUCUCCUGGGGUGCGCCAUUUUCAGGGGAAUUGAACAGGAAUGUGCCCGCACCAUAAAAUGGGGCGGGAUCUGUUUCGCCAUCACGGAAAUCAGUUUCUUCAUCCUGCGCCAAGGCUUCAAAGUGACCCCGACCCCGAAAGUGCCGCACCUCUCCACGGACGAGCAACCCUUCGAGAUGAACAUUUACAAAACGCUGUACUACUUCCUCUUCACCAUCGUCGGCGGCCUGAUCUACAUCUGCAUCCUCUUCCUCUACCUCCAACAGCUGUCCAAAGGGCAGGACGAGUUCUCCCAGUUCUUCAACAUUACGGCCCGCGCCCCCUGGUCCACCCCGACCCCUACCACGACCACGCAGGCGCCACAACCGCCCCCCUCCGCGCAGCAGGACCCCCACCACUUGCCCCCCGUUACGACCUCCUCGGCGACAAAUAACAACUCCUCCCUCCAGUCCAACCUGAACCCGGGGGGCAGCAGCAGCAGCAGGGCCCCCAAGGGCAGGGGCAGCGCUCAUCAAAACAUUCUCAUUCCUCGUCCAAACAUCAUCAUUCCAAAGGGGGUCCUGGGGAUGACCCUUCCCUGCAGCAGCAGCAACACCUCCCCCACUCCCAGCACAAUCACGCUUCUAAUGUCACUCAGCAACAUCGAAAACAGUCCCGGGGUCCGCCGUCCCAUCAAUUAAACUUGGUCGAUCCUGGCCCCGGUUCGGGUGGGGGUCCCAUCCUGUCCCCUCCGCCCCCUAUGGAUCCUGGGGUGGGUCCGAUGGGGAAGGACCCUUGCGGUCCGGGGUCCCCUUCCUCCCCGAUGUUCCCCUAUUUCCUGAUGCGUAGGGGAAGUAAACAGCCCCCACCGCCGCCUCCCCCGCAUAACAUGAACCAUCUCCCGGUCGGGCGGUGUUUGAUGGACGAGCCGCCUCCUCCCCUAUCAUCGUCAGGGUGGCACGGGCCCCCGCACGGGGGAGGUCGGGGCCCUCCCCCCAUGCCCCCACUGCGCGGCGACUUUUCCUCCCUGGACCCCGGCGGUCCGAGGGGCUCUGAAUCCUUGGGAGUCGGCCGGAACUUGUUGUCCCCGUCGAGACUCGUGGUGAAUCAUGGGGGUGGGGGGCACGGGGGUGGGGGCAUGUGUCCCCCCCAAUUCGCCCCCAUAAUCCCGCCCUUUUACCCCGACUCGGGGGAGGAUGUGGGGCGCCGGGACAGCUUUCAGGGUUCAGGGUUCGGCAGUCCGCACUACCAGAGUCAGCCGCAGAGCGGGUACUCGUCUCGGGCGGGUGGGGGGCCGGAGAGCUUGUACCAGAAGAUCCCCAUGAGUCCGGGUUUCGACUACUGCCUCAGAUAGGGAAAGGCCCCAAGCCACCCCCAACCGCAGUACCAACUGUGUUUAGAUCUGGGGCGGCUUUAUUACUGAGAAAUAUUGAUCUCGUAAUGAAAAAUUUGAUUAAUUUGAGGAGUCCAGAAAUGUCCCCAGGGAGGGGUAAAAAUUUUCCUACCCCUACCCCUACCCCUCCCCCCCAUCGAUGACCCAUCACAACUACCACAACACAUUGAUUAACUUUCAGACUUGUUUCCAGAUCUUCCAUUAGUUUUUAAGGCAUAUUUGUAACCAUAUUUGACAACAAAAACCCAAUAACUAUUUAAUAAUGGUAAAAAUGACCCUUUUUGUUAAGGGAAUCGUCAUUGGUAGUUCCUUAAAAAAACGUGUUUUUAUCAUGAUAAAUGAAUCGAUGAUGAGCAAUAACAACAAAAGAAUAAAUACAUAAACUGCAAUAAAGUUAAUAUAUGUACAUCCUUUUUAAGCAGAAUACUUUGCGUAAAUUAUUGUUGUAACGUCCCAAUUAAUUAAUUAAUUACUGUUAAAACCUGUUAGUUUAUUGAUUCUGUUUGUAAGAAAAAUGGUAAAUCAAGUACCUAAAUAAGAAGAGAGUGAUGAGGAGAUAAUGAUGACGACGCGAGCAGGAAAAAUACAAAAAUGCGGUAACAAAGUUGUCACCGAGGUUAAUAGUUUGGUUAGGAUUAUUAAGUUGCAAAAAAUUGGCCAUAGACUCAAAAUUUGCAAUCAAUCUGCAAUAGAUAAUUUUUGCAUUAAAUUGCAAAUUAUUAACAUAACUUACGUAAAUCCCCAUUCUUUUGGCAAGAUAAAA